AGCUGAUUGAUGUAAACAAGCUUACAAUAACAAAUAUUUCCAGGUUGUAGAAUAUUUUCCUAAGUUUUCAUAAAAUUAAGGAUGCAUCUAAACGAGAACACCAAAAUAGUGGGUCGCAGGGUCAUCCUUGUGCCCUACGAAGCACGCCACGUGCCCAAGUACCACGAGUGGAUGAGCAACGAGACCCUGAGGGAGUUGACCGCAUCCGAGGAACUGACUUUGGAAGAGGAGCACGAGAUGCAAAGGAGUUGGCGGGAGGACAGCGACAAGCUGACCUUCAUCGUCCUGGAUGCAGAGGCUUACUCGCGUGAUCAGGAUGAGAUUGCCGCCAUGGUGGGCGACACCAAUCUCUUCCUGCACCAAGAUCCCGAUAGCCAGCAACCAACGGCGGAGGCGGAAAUCAUGAUUGCCGAACCUGAUGCGCGAGGCAAGGGAUUCGGCAGGGAAGCCAUGCUCCUCAUGCUCAAGUACGCCCAAUCGCAGCCCCAGCUUAAAUUGGAUAAAUUCGAGGUCAAGAUCGACAUGGACAACGAUGCAUCCUUGCAUUUGUUCAAGAGUUUUAUGUUCGUGGAGACGCGUCGAGUGGAGAUCUUCCACGAGGUCACCCUGGAGCGGCCCAUCACUCCAGAUUGGACCAACUGGCUGGACCAGCAGGUGGAUCUGCGUAUGCAGAGCUAUCAGUGAAAAUAUAAGCUUUUAGAAUCGUAAUUUCACGGUCUGUUUAUUACACUUAUGUUACAUCUA